AUUAUUAUAAGUAUUUUUGAUUUUGUAUGCUUCGUAAUAAUUAUUUCUAACAUAAAUUAUUAUUAUUAUUAUUAUUAUUAUUAUACACAAUCUGUACCUAUUAGUUUACAAUUAGUGUGAAGUGCGAUUGGAAGUCACGAUUAAUGAUUUGUUGGAGAGGCCGGCCAUUGAUGAAACUUUGGAGAGUACUUGGUUGAAUUUUAAAUUCUGGCGCCAAUUUCAUUUUAGAUGCCUUUAGAGUUUAGGGGGUCACCAGGGAACUUAGCAUAUUACAGCUUGAGACCAAAAGAUGUCAAUGAUUUAUUUGUGUGACAUUAUAAGAGUGCAAUUUUAAAAAAGAUGGAAUGGAGAAUUGGCGGUAUUGUAGGUAAUUGACGAAGUCAGUGAAUGGAGUAUGUACUGGGGCUUUGGUGAUCAAGUGGAGUUAUUUCAAUUAAAAUAUUUGAAUGCGAUAAGUGUUUGAAGACUUGGUUAAGGUCCUGAGUUGGAUUCUAUAUGUCCAUAUGAACAUUGAUUAAAUAUGUUGUAUAUUUAAUCAAUGAUAUGAGUUUGAGUAGGUAGUAAUUUGUAGAUGAAGAUAAUUUGUUUAUACUUGGAUGUUUUACUCCGGUGUUUGGAUGUGAAAAGAAAUCAUAAUGAUUCGUGACAAUUUAACUUGAAUAGGACUGAAAUAAUAAAUAUGGAUAUUCAGUCAGUAGAUUCUAGUCGUAGUCGAUCAACUAAUCGGUAUGAAACUGUUUCAUAUCAACAUUUUCUUGAUAUGGAAAUCCUAUGUGAUCGGUUAAUACUGCUAGAUUAUGAGUCAUAUGUAGUGAAAUCAUUAAAAAUGAGACCAAUUAAUAGACAUUAUUUUGCCUUACAAACUAGUUCCGGAGAACAGUUUUACAUGUUUGUAUCUUUAGCCAUAUGGCUGUUAAGUAAACUUGGUAAAGAUUUAAAACAGCCGCAAGAAUAUGAUGAUCCAAAUUCAACAGUUAACAGUAUACUAGAAUCGUCUGCACAAUUAGAAUUAUCAGUUGAUUUUCCAGUCAAUCAAUUAAAACAAGGUUUUGGAAAACAUGUUAUUGAAAUUUUAAAUGGGCUUGCAGAUUUGGCUUUAAAAAAAAAUGAUUUCCCUUACAAAAAGCCAAUAUUUCCUGUUGAAAAAGAAGAAAUAGAAGAAUUACCUGAAAAUAAUGCAGAACUUUUAUUAGAACAUGUUGAAGAAGAAAUGGUUUGGACAGACUCCGAUUCUGACGAAGAAAAUAUGCUAAAUAUUAAUGAUUUGACUGCUUUAAAUAAGAAUAAUAGACAAACAUCUUAUAAAACAAAUGAGAAAUUAAAAAUUACAUCUGCCAAUAAAGAAGAAUGGAACCUAGAAUUAGAACAAGUACUACCUUCUUUACGAGUAACAAUCAAGCUAGAUUACAAAGAUUGGCGAACAAGUUUGAAACAAAUGAAAGAACACAAAUGUAUGAUGAAUGCAUCCAUAGAAAAAGUCAAGCCUCUUUUAACCAAUCUUUGUAGUACAUUAGGAGAAACUAUGGAGAAAGUUUAUAGUAGAGAACAAUACUUAAACAGUUCUUUAGACAAUCUUUUAAUAGAAUACCGUAAUUCUCAGGAUGAACUAGCUAAAGUUAUUGAACAUUAUAAACUUUUAAGUAAUGGUAUUGUAGAACGACAAGAUACAUUAUUAAAAAUAACUGAACAAUUAGAUAUUGUUAAACAAGAAAUGGAUGAAAGAGGAUCAAGUAUGACAGAUGGAACACCACUAAUCAAUAUAAAAAAAGCAAUAGCAACUAUUAAGUCAGAUAUUAUGGAAAUGGAUGUUCGUAUUGGUGUAUUGCAACAUGGAUAUUUUUUGUCUAAGUUUAUAACCGACGACGCCGCGGGAACUGCUUUCGCAUUACUUCCGCGGCCCUCUAUGGUUCAGCUAUAGCCACCAAAAAAGACUCAAUACAAAAUAGGUUACUACUUACUCUAUGUCAAUCACGGGCGCCCGUUCACUCAUGUCAACUACGGGUUGACACCGGCGUUCAACGUAUUAAUAAAGUAAAGUUAUCAAAAUUACUAAAGAAAAUUCGGUCCAUUCGACUUCAUUAUCUAUUAAAAAUACCUGUUGCUAUUAAAAAAAAAUUCAGGUUUAAUUACGUAUGCGUACAUUAAAAGAACUAAAAUGCGAGUAAGUGGCUGUCGCUCUGCUGUACAGUAGAGUUAAGUGGGUCACUGUAAUGGAUGGUAUUAAAUUUGAAUUCACUGACAUAUAAUAGUAUAAUACCAUUGUAUACGAAAAACGGUUCUGAUAGCCAUAGCACCAUAGCGGAGACGGUUAUUGUCAGUCUAGGAUAUUUUAUAUUAGGAAUAAUUAUAUUGUUAU